AUAGUGAUGGUUUCAUUAUUUCCUUCAUCUUUCUCUCUUUCUAUUUAAUUCUAUGAUUAUUACCCUAUAAUACCGAUUACAUCAUUCAACAUGAACGAUAAAGUAUCAGAAGAAGAAAUGACAACAUUAAAAAGAGCAUUUCAAUUAUAUGAUCAGGACAAUGAUGGUAUCAUUAAUAUUGAUGAAUUCAAAAUUAUUAUUAUGUCACUCAAUAAAAACUUGGAUGAGGCAACAGCAACAGCCAUUGUGAAAGAAGUCGACAAAAACAAUGAUUGUGUGAUCGAUUUUGAUGAAUUUGUUUGUGCAAUGAUCCGAUUAUCACCCUAUUCAACAACAUCAUCAGGAUUAAAACAUCAUGAUUUACAGAAAUGGAAUCCCUGGUCACAUUUUAUCAAUAACAAAUAUGAAGAAGAUGAAUUGAUAGAAUGUUUCCGAGCAUUUGAUACCAACCAUGAUGGAUUGAUUAGUCGAACUGAAUUAGACAAAGUUAUGCGAAAACUUGGUGAACAAUUAUCUCAAAAAGAUCUUGAAGAUAUGAUUAACGAAGCCGAUACCAACAAGGAUGGUUAUAUAGAUUAUGAAGAAUUUAAACGGUUAUUAGCCUAGAACCUUUAUUAGAAAUUUAAGUAUAGUUAGUUU